AUGGCCAUUGGACCUUCAUCAUCCCAUAUAGGCCCAUUACUUUGUUUACAAGAUGAUUUAGUUUUAUUUAAGUAUUCACAUGUCACAUUAUACCUGUGUCUACAGCCUGACAGCCCUUAUGAGGGAGGAGUUUUCCAGCUGUCAAUCAACUUCCCAUCAGAUUACCCGUUUAAGCCCCCAAAGGUGUUGUUCACAACCCGGAUCUAUCACCCAAACAUUGACAGUUGUGGUGUUGUAAGUCUGGGAAUUCUGAAGGACAGGUGGUCACCGGCUAUCUCUAUAUCCAGAGUACUGCUGGAGAUUUGGUCACUACUCACAGAUGCUAACCCUGAUGACCCCUUAGUGCCAGACAUAGCCAUAGUGUACAAAACAGACAGGGCUCUGUACAAACACACAGCGCGGGAAUGGACCAAGAAGUAUGCUAACUGACACAAAGCUUUAACCUGCUAGAAGACCAGCAUUGCAACAGAUGUGCCAUAUUAAUUGUGUAUGUGUAACGCUGAAAGUUAGAUUGGUUCUGGCAUGCCAGGUUUUUAUUGGAUGGUUUUAUAUAAAUAUUUAUCAUUACCAAAGGUCAGGGGUCACUGUCAUAUUAUUAGGGCUGCUGUAAAGUAUUCAUACUCAUUGUUUAGCCCAGCGCCUUUUUAUGUAUGUAUGUCACAGUAGGUGUUGAAAGGUGUAGAUUUAAAAUUGUUUGUUAUACAAGGUAGAUCAGACAGUAGCAGCCUGUGAUAGAUUUCCCCGCAGGUUACAACUUGAAUUGUGAGUGGUAUCAGGUACAGUUGUCUAGCAAUUUGUUUGUGUAUACUAUAGCAUAAGUACUACUGAUGAGAGUUGCCUAAACCCACUGAGCCAAAACAAUAGUUUGUGCUGGAAGGUCAGCAGUUGCCUCCCUUACAUUAGUGGCAUCUGUUGAUAAUUGUGUUGUUCCUAGAAGGUGGUUUUGAAUUGCGUCAGGGUUGUUUUAUUUUACUGUUGACAAUCUUCUUCCACAGUUUGGUAUAUAUGGUGCUAGAACAAAUACAAUGUCUUGAGUGACCCAAAGGAGAAAGUACAACAAUUUUUUGGUUCUUUGUGGGAUUAAGAUAGAUCUGUUUUAAUCCCAGGACCUGGUUUCACAAAUUUUCUAAAGUUUAGUUCACUGGUGAAAUUAAUAGUUUUUUUCCCCGAACGUGGGGUGUUUCUUGGAUAGUCAAACACUACAUAAGUGUAGUGUUAUGUUCCUUAUUAAUGUGAAGAAAAACUUUAAGAUAUUUUGUGAAACCGUGUCCAGGUUCUGUGAAACCAAUAUACACCUUCCACUCUGUGCAUUAUAACCUGGCACUGUUUCACAGCACACGUAAUCAUAUAACUGGUCAUAUUUUGUAUGAACAGACCAUGUUGGAAUAUCGAUAACUGUAACACAGGUUAGCUGGACGUGAGCUCCACGUCCAACACAGAUGCUGAUUGUCAGGUGUGCACGAAUCUCAUACUCAUCAUGAUCUCAAUGUAGAAUAACAGAUUACCAGGGCAUUAAAGAAGGACCAAAUGCUACAUGAAUGUGUAAGGUGGGAAACCAUUCAGUCUUGUCACAAACCUCACUGAGAACAGAUAUGUAAGGCCACAGUCAUAAUAUUUAAAAAAUCACUUGUUUUUGGUACUGUUGUUAGUGUUAAUUCUCAGUCAAGAUGUUUAAUCAAAAAUAAUACAUGUAGUCCAAGCAUGUGUUUUUCUAACCAUUUGGGUUGGCAUAGCUAUUAAUAUUUAGUAAAGAGAGAAUACUGACGGUAUAGUAACGCUGCGUCUUCGCCAUUAUGCUAGGAAUAUUUUAGUGCCAUAAUAGUGAGUGUUCCUUGUGUGUAAGAAUCCAAGCUGUAAAACUGUUACUCAGCACAGGUCACAAAUGCAGUUGACUAUUUGACAAACUGUGUCUUAAUUAGUAGGCUUACAAUAUACUGAUGCAAAUAUCUUAAGUGAUAGAAAAAUAAAUAUUGUGUUUUAAAAUAAAGUAUGUAUGUUCUUGCUAAAUGUUUUCAUAUGAGAUUAUCUCAUUCCUAGGCUGACAGUGUUUUAACCAGGUUUCUCUUCAGUUAAUCAACAACAGGAUUUAUUUCACACCAAUUAAACAUUGCCAUGCAAUAAAAAGAAGAAGUCCCGUUAAAGUCAAUCUUUCGUACAAAGGAAUUGUGUUAUGUUCUUUAAAGAGAAACUUUUGAUAUAAUACUAUUUAGGACAUAAGCAGCAUCAUACCUUGUGUAUGAGCUGGUAUGGUUGUGUACUGAAAUGAUUAUGAAAUAUUGGCAGAUGUAACAUGCUUAAAAUGAUACUAGGGUUACAAUACAAAUAUACUCAAGAAGUACGGUACAUGGCAGAAUCAUACAAGUACAGUAAAUUUCAGAAUCAUACAAGUACCAUACAUGGCAGAAUCAUACAAGUACGGUACAUGGCAGAAUCAUACAAGUACCGUACAUGGCAGAAUCAUACAAGUACGGUACAUGGCAGAAUCAUACAAGUACGGUACAUGGCAGAAUCAUACAAGUACGGUACAUGGCAGAAUCAUACAAGUACGGUACAUGGCAGAAUCAUACAAGUACGGUACAUGGCAGAAUCAUACAAGUACGGUACAUGGCAGAAUCAUACAAGUACGGUACAUGGCAGAAUCAUACAAGUACCGUACAUGGCAGAAUCAUACAAGUACCGUACAUGGCAGAAUCAUACAAGUACAGUACAU